GGAUGGAAUGCGUGGUUGGUUGGAAUAGUGUACCAGUUUUCUGAUGUUACUAUUUUCCAAUGUUGACUUGCUCUGAGAUGGGCGUGCUAUGAUGUAGAUGAGGAUGAAAACGAGAACGAAAACGGUCUUCCAUCUUGCUUUAUAUUGGGAGGGAAAAAGGUAUAAAAAGCAAGCACUUCUCAAAAAAAGACCAUUUCUCCUCCUCAAAUCAACCACCAAACACCAAACCUCCCACCAACAUGAAAUUCUCCACCCUGGCAACAACCCUCGGCCUCACAGCCCAAGCCACCGCCCUCGGCCGCGCCGUCGUGCACAACAACUGCCCCGACCCCGUCUACCUCUGGUCCGUCGGCGGCGCCGUCGGGCCCCGCCAGACGCUCCUCGCGAACGAGAUCUACAGCGAGGAUGUGCACCACGACGACGCGUCCGGCGGCGUCGCGCUGAAGAUCACGCGCAGCCCGGACGGCCUGUGGGACGGGUCCGCGCAGACGAACUUCGCGUACUCGCUGACGGGCGACCGCGUGUGGUAUGAUCUGUCGAAUGUGUUUGGGGCGCCGUUCGAGGGGGAUGCGUUGACUGUGAUGAGUGAUGAUCCGAGCUGUGAGAGCAUCUGUUGGGCGGAUGGGGUGAAUCCGGGUGGGAACCAUGUUAAGGAUUGUUCGGCGGAGGCGACUGAGGUUUUGACGCUUUGUGCGGGGUAUUGUUCUGCUACGUAGGUAGGGAGAAUGGGGUUUGUGUCUGUCUGUUGAUGCAUAGGUACUUACUUGCUUGCUUGCCUGCCUGCCUGCCCGCUUGCUUGCCUACUUACCGCUGAACUUGGUGGUGUCAUGUAUCAGUGGCUGUAUUGUUGAAGUAGCUAAU